AUGGGUAAAAUUCGUCAUCAAAAAAAUAAAACUAAAUCGAAAAAAAAUAUCGAAAUUAAACCAAAUGAAAUAGAACAAGAAUUAGAAGACGAAGAACAAGAACAACUCAUGGAUGAUGUAAUCGAUGAUGAAAAUGAUUUAGCUGAGCAUAAUGAAAUUGAUUUUGAUAAACGUAGUGUUAUAUCAAAUAAAACUAUUAAGUCACUUGUAUCAAAGAAGAAAGAUAAAAUCAAGCUAAAACGACAAUUUCUUCUCAAACGUCUUCACGCAGCUCAUGAAUCGAAACGUGAAGCCAAAGAACGAGCUGAACGUCGAAAAACGGUUAUUGUUAGUGAUAUGAAGCAUGAAUUUGAAAAUUCACUUGGUCAGAUUGAAUCUUAUCUUGAAGAACAACGUUUAGCACUAGCAGAAAAGAAAAAUACUCGCAAACAAAUUCUUUCACAAGCUGAACGUAAUCGACAAAGUCAAGCAAAUAUUGAUAUAUUCAAUAAGAUUUCUCAAUCAGUUGAAUAUUCUAGUAAUCCAUUUGAACUUAUAAAAAAACAACUUGAACAACAAAUACUUCCAUCAACAAAGAAAAAGAAUUGA